CCGUGCUUUACACAGGAACCAUGUGUGGACGUGCACGUUGUUCACUAUCUAGAGACGCUCUUCUAACUGCUGCGGGUGUGCCCGAGCAGCGAUGGCGCGAUGCAGAUAAAUACCGGCCAUCCUAUAAUUGCAGUCCUGGCGCUUGGAUGCCAAUAGUCAAGAUUGGAUCCGAUGGGGCGCGAGAGCUGCAGACCAUGAAGUGGGGACUGGUCCCCAGCUUUUCCCGGCUAUGCCCCGGUGAGCGGCCCGACCACUACCGCAUGUUCAAUGCCCGCUGUGAGAGCCUGGCCAGCAAGUCGGUCUUCAGUCGGCUGCUACCGCGUAAGCGGUGUGUGGUCCUUCUGGAUGGUUUCUACGAGUGGCAUGCCGAGGGCGGCAGCCGCAAACAACCGUACUACAUCACCACCACGGCAGACGAAUCCAACCAGCCGGCUAUGUACAUGGCUGGGCUGUACGACACCUACCAUGACCCCAGUGGCGGCGAGCUGCCCUCCUUCACGAUCAUCACCACAGACAGCAGCAAACCACUGACGUGGCUACACAACCGCAUGCCGGUCGUCCUCACUACGCAAGAGGAGGUGUCUGCAUGGCUGGGUGAAGGCGACAAGGCCCCCGCGGCCGCUGUUGCUGCCUCCACCGGCCCUGCGUCCGCUUCUCCCGCUUCCGCUGGGAAAAUAAAAGAAGAAGGAAAGGAGGGACAUGAAGAGGGAGAGGAGUCCCAGGGCGGCGGCCCCAGCCGCAGCAGCCGCAGCGAAGAAGCCAGCGGCGGCAGCGGUGCAGGGACCGAUGCAGAGAGUGGGGAGCUGGAGGAGGACGGUACGACUAAGCCUGUUGCGGAGGGAGGGCACGGGAGACCGGAGGCGCAUGGAGGCAGCAUGCGGCGGUCCGGUAAGCCCGGCAAGGGUGCUUCGGAAGCGGCGGCAGCAGCACGACUGGGGAUGCUUCCACUCACGGAGCAGAUAUGUCGGCCGUACGGCGGUCCGCUGCUUCGCUGGCACCCGGUCACCCCCGAGAUGAGUAAGCCAGGGUACGACAAACCCGACUGCUGCAAGGAUGUGCGGACCAAGAAGGGAUCAAUCGCCUCCUUCUUCAAGCCCAAGUCGGCCGCUACCGGCUCUCCACCUGCUGCCUCUCCCUCCGCCGCCUCGCCCUCUGCUGCUGCUGCUGCUACCUCGCUUGCCUCGAACAUUAAGCGAGAGCCCUCUACAGGCAAAGCGCCGGCCAAGGGCGCCGGAAAGCACCCUCAUGCGCAUUCGCAGCGGCAGCCCCAGCCUCGCCCGCAGCAGCAACAGCAGCAGCUGCAGCAGCAACAGCAGCUGCAGCUGCCCUGGCAGCGGUCUCCACGCCCCAAGAAGCAAGAGGUGUCUACCUCCGAUGCUGCUGGUGACGGUGGCGGUGUGCUUCAUCCAAAGGUGAAAUCGGAGCCUCAGAGCAGGUCUGAGGUUCAUCCGCCAGGGACUGAGCAUGAGCGGCAACAGCAGCUGCAGGAGGAGCAGGAGGAAGGGUUCCCGGUAGCGGCCCCAGCAGUGCGGAAUACGGAUGAGUGCGAAGGAGCAGC